CUCCCUUCAUUCUUGAUUUUCACACACACUCCUCGGCUGCCAGGAGCAAAGACUCAUCAAAGUUUCCCAGAAAACUCGGCGCCUCUCUGGGAGAUGUGGCUCAUCAUCUUCACUCUAACAGCUUUAGCUCUGUGUUGUCCUGUCAGAGCACAGGGGCCAGAGCCAGAGUUUGUAGACAUGUGCACAGAGAGCAGCUGCUACCCCGCCACCGGUGACCUGCUGAUCGGCAGAGCGCACAAACUCACCGCCUCCUCCACCUGCGGCCUCCAGCAGCCGGAGCGCUUCUGCAUCGUUGCGCACCUGGAAGACCAAUCAGGGCAGCAGAGGGUCGAUGUUCCCUUCCACUCAGAAAGCUCUCUCAAUCAAUCAAUCCACACAGAGAGAGGAGAGAAGAACAUCCCGGAAAGAAAGCUUCAUUUUCUGGAUUAUCCGAAUAAUCCGCAGCAGGUUGGGGGAGGAGAAGAGAAAUACGAACUUCAGGGGGAGAAGAAAUGUUUCACAUGUGACUCAAGGGAGGCGUAUAAUGAAGACAGCAACCCUUACAGCCAUACCAUUGAGAACGUGGUCACCACCUUUGCCCCCAACCGCCUCAAGACCUGGUGGCAAUCUGAAAAUGGCGUUGAGAAUGUAACCAUCCAGCUGGACCUGGAGGCCGAGUUUCAUUUCACGCACCUCAUCAUGACUUUCAAGACGUUUCGUCCUGCUGCCAUGGUGAUCGAGCGCUCCAUGGAUUUUGGGGAAAAUUGGGAGGUUUAUCGAUACUUUGCGUACGACUGCGAGUCUGUCUUCCCUGGGAUCUCCGCCGGACCCUUGCAGAGAGUAGACGACAUUAUCUGCGACUCCCGCUACUCAAACAUCGAGCCAUCCACAGAGGGAGAGGUGAUAUUCCGAGUGUUGGAUCCUGUUUUUGAAAUUGAAGACCCCUAUAGCUUGAGGAUACAGAAAAUGCUGAGGAUCACAAACCUCAGAGUAAAGUUCAUCAAGCUCCACACGCUGGGUGACAACCUGCUAGACUCCAGAGGGGAGGUGACGGAUAAGUACUACUACGCCCUCUACGACAUGGUGGUCCGUGGGAACUGCUUCUGCUACGGCCACGCGUCGGAGUGUGCUCCUAUAGCCGGAGAGGAGCGCCGAGCUGAGGGCAUGGUUUAUGGCCGCUGCGUUUGCAACCACAAUACUGAGGGACUAAACUGUGAGCGCUGUCGAGACUUUUAUCACGACCUGCCGUGGAGACCUGCAGAGGGCCGCAACACCCAUGCCUGCAAAAUGUGCGAGUGCAAUCGACACUCCACUAAAUGUCACUUUGACCUGGAAACGUACAUUUCCACCGGUAACGUUAGCGGAGGGGUGUGUGACGACUGUCAGGACAACACGGUGGGCAGACAGUGUGAGCAGUGUGCGCCUCACUUCUACCAGCACCCAAACAGAGACCUGAGAGACCCAAACAUCUGUGAACCAUGUGACUGUGAUCCGGAGGGAUCUCUGCAGGGAGGAAUUUGCGACUCGCGGACUGAUGUGUCUGCCGGAAUGAUCUCGGGUCAAUGCCGGUGCAAACUCAACGUGGAAGGGGAGCGUUGUGACCACUGCAGACAGGGACACUAUGGACUGGGACAAGGGCCGGGGGGGUGCCUGCCUUGUACAUGCAACCCAGAUGGAACGAUGCCAGGAGGAAACACCUGUGAUUCCAACACAGGGAAAUGCUUCUGCAAACAACUCGUCACUGGUCACAACUGCGAUGAGUGCAAACCGGAGCACUGGGGUCUAUCAAAUGACAUGGAUGGGUGCAGACCAUGUGACUGCGACCAGGGAGGAGCGGUCAACAACAACUGUGAUCCCUUCACAGGGCAGUGUGUGUGCAGGGACCACAUGUUUGGACGCCGCUGCAAUCAAGUGGAGUCUGGAUUCUACUUUAUCGCUUUGGAUCACUACACGUAUGAAGCAGAAGAUGCCAAACAUGGACCUGGCGUCACAUUCGUAGCGAGAGCCUAUCCUCAGGACCGAAGCCCCACGUGGACUGGGAUGGGCUUUGCUCAUGUUCCUGAAAGAGGGUAUAUAGAGUUCAACGUCGACAACAUCCCAGAGUCAAUGGACUAUGACAUCCUUAUCCGCUACGAGCCACAGCUGCCGCAGGAGUGGGAGCAAGUGACCGUUCGAGUGGAACGCCCCGUUUUCAACCCUCCAACCUACGACGCUCACUGCAUCAACUCUCUCCAUAGGGGAGAUGAUCAGUCCAUCUCUCUCCCACCUGGAUCCAGGCAUGUACUGCUAGUAAGUCCCGUUUGUUUGGAGAAAGGACUGAACUACACCAUCCGCCUGACUUUCCCGCUGUACUCGACGGACAGCCACAUGCUGGACCCACACACGCUCAUCGACUCUCUGGUCUUGAUGCCCCGGGUCAGAGAGAUGGAAAUGUUUCAUGGGACAGAGGGUAAGGAAGCGUGGGAUACGUUCCAGCGUUACAGAUGUUUAGAAAGCAGCCGCAGCGUCAUCAAAAGCCCGAUGACGGACAUCUGUAAUGACUACAUUUUCAGCGUCUCCGCUCUGCUGCACAAAGGAGCAAUAGGUUGCCACUGCGACCCUCAGGGUUCUAUCAGCACCGUGUGCGAGCCAAGCGGCGGUCAGUGUCGCUGUCGUCCCAACGUGAUCGGCAGAAACUGUGACCACUGUGCUCCGGCUACAUUCUCAUUCAGUCCUGCUGGUUGCAGAUCUUGUGACUGCGACCCCAUCGGCUCGGUCACACCUUUCUGUCACGAGUCAACUGGUCAGUGUGAGUGCGUAUCGGGAGCCACCGGACGCCAGUGUUCCCACUGCUUGCCAGGUUUUUGGGGCUUCCCCCAGUGCCGACCAUGCCAAUGUAAUGGCCACAGCGAGUACUGUCACCCUCAGACCGGAGAGUGUCAGGGUUGCAGAGACUUCACCACCGGACAUCACUGUGAGAGGUGUAUAAAUGGUUACCAUGGUGACCCACAGCUGGGGUCGGGGGGCCACUGUCGUCCCUGCAUGUGUCCGGACGGCCCCCGCAGUGGUCGGCAGUUUGCGGACAGCUGUUAUCUUUUAACCAAUCAGCUGGUGUGUGUAUGCAGCCACGGCUACAAAGGAACCAGGUGUGAUGAGUGUGCCCCAGGUUAUCAUGGGAACCCUCUCAUUCCUGGGGGCCGCUGCACGCCUUGUGAUUGUAACAACAACAUCGACAUGCAUGACCCCGGAUCCUGCGACGUCCGUACAGGCGCCUGUCUCAAAUGUCUGUACCACACGCAGGGCCACUCAUGCCAGCACUGCAAGCCGGGGUAUUACGGCAAUGCUGCAACACAGAGCUGCAGGAAGUGCAUGUGUGACCCUAUGGGGACGCUACCGUACGUCUGUUCGUCCCCUGAUGACUGCCGGUGUGACCAGCGCAGCGGCCAGUGUUCCUGCCAGCCCAACGUGGUUGGACAGAACUGUGACCAGUGCGCUCCCAACACGUGGAACAUCGCCAGUGGGACGGGCUGCCAGCGCUGCGACUGCGACCCCGUCCACUCUGUCAGCUCCUCCUGCAAUGAGGUUACGGGUCAGUGUGUGUGCGAACCAGGAUUCGGUGGCAGGACGUGUAGAGAAUGCAAAGAGCUGUUCUGGGGAGAUCCAGAGGUCGAAUGUCACGCUUGUGACUGCGACUCCAGAGGAAUAUCCAGCGAGCAGUGUGAUCGAGCCACAGGGCAGUGCACCUGCAUGGAAAGCUUUUCAGGCCCUCGCUGUGAUCAGUGUGCCAGGGGCUACAAGGGAGAGUUCCCUAACUGUGAACCCUGCCACCAGUGCUUCCCCAUCUGGGACGCUGUGGUUGGCGAGCUGACCAAUCAGACUCGUCGGCUGGAGGCCCGGGUUGAUGAGCUGCUGACGGCUGGAGUGACGGCGCCGUACAAGGAGCUGAUCAACAGUUUGGAGAGAAACGCCAAGGCUGUCAGGGAGAUAGUGGAGAACAAGACGGCCGGAGAGAAGCUGGAAAAUGUCCAAGAAGUGAUGCAUCAGAUUACUGGAGUGAUGUCAUUCCUCAACGGAAAGCUGAACACGACCGAGGGAAAUUUAAUCUUUGCUUUUCAAGAAAAAAACCUCACAGGCACAAACUUAGAAGAAUUGACUGAUGAGGCUGAGAAGCUGCAGCAACGCGUAGAAGAGCUCAGACAGCAGGUGCAAAACAUCAAGAACGCCAACAUCCAGGGAGCUAUGAGCACAAUCUCUGCUGCACAUGGCGAGUCCAAAGCUGCAGAGCUACGCUCUCAGGCUGCAACCAGUGAUCCGGGCAACACCGUGGAACAAUCGGCUGCAUUACGGGAAGCCACUGAGGACAAACUGAGCAGCAGUCAGAAGGAGUUUGACCGAAAACACCAAAGAAACUCUCAGAAGCUGGAUAAACUGUCCAAAGAUUUGGAAACCUUUGACCUAUCCCCGCUUAGUGAGAAGACAUGUGGCAGCUCAGCUGAAGGGGAAAGCUGCUCUCAGUGCGGAGGAUUCGGUUGUGUCAGGGAAGAUGGAGGGCAUCACUGUGGAGGAGAUGGUUGCGGCGGUUUUGUCACGACUUCUCAAACCGCCCUGAAGUCCUCCCAGAACCUGGAGCAGGAGAUCCAGCAAGCUAUGGAGGAGGUGGACAAGCUCUCUAGGAUGGUGUGGGAAGCAAACAUCCGCGCUAAUGAGGCCAAGGCUAAGGCCAUAGAGGUGCUGAUCUCAUCCAAUCGCAGCAAAGAGAGAGUAGAGCAGAGCAACGAGCAGCUCCGUGCCCUCAUCAAAGAGAUACGAGAUCUUCUGACCAACGAAAAGGCAGACGCUUCUGUGAUUGAGGCCGUGGCCAACGAGGUGCUGGCGUUGAAGAUGCCCACGUCGGCGGAGAAACUGCAGGAGCUGACCAAUGAGAUCAGGGAGAAGGUCGGCAGUCUGACCAGCGUGGAGGAGAUCCUCAGGGAGAGCGCUGAGGACAUCCGAAGUGCAGAGUCUCUCCUGACUCAGGCCAAAUCAGCCAGUGAGGGGGCGUUACAUCUGAAGGAGACGGCAGAAUCAGUGAAAGCAGCCCUAGAAGAGACUGAGCGCGCUCAGAGGGUCGCCAUGGACGCCAUCCAGCUGGCUCAGAACAACACAAGAGAAACAGUCGAUCUGGUCAAUUCUAUGGAAACAGAGACGUCAGAAUCGGAGCAGAAGGUCAGCCAGGCCACUGGCCGUCUGUUUAAGCUGGAGCAGGAACUGAUGCUGCUGAGGAACAACGACCUGGAGAUGAACCAGAAGGUGGAAACGGCAGAGCAGGUCUCCGACCGGGCCAAACAGAUCGCAGAGGAGGCUCAGAAGGAGUUCGAUGAGGACCUUAAAGAAAAACUAGAGGUGGUAGAGGAAGAAAUGGGGGAUAAGGGGGAGUCGGUGCUGCAGGCGAGGAGGAAAGCAGAUGAGCUGCAGAGGGAAGCCAGAGAGCUGAUCGAGCAAAGCAGCAGCAAACUGCAGAGACUUAAAGAGCUGGAGAACUCCUAUGAAGAGAACCAGCGGCUCCUGGAGAAGAAAGCUGAGGAGCUGGCUGAGUUUGAGCGAACCGCCCGCCUCAUCCUGGAGGAGAUCAGCAGCAAAGUGUCCCUGUACAGCAGCUGUCAGUGACCAAACCAUCAUCCCCAUGGAAACCUUAAGCCACGUCUUUAAACACAGACCUGUCACAGAACUGUCAAAACAAUAAAAAUGUUUAAAUAAGUCUAAUA